AUGCCAUCUGCCAAGCUCGGCGGCAGUCAAGCCAUAGAGCAAAGAAAGCGCAAGCAGUCCAAUCCUACCGAAGCCAAAUCCGAACCCUAUCCUCAAAAGACCAUUUCAGAGCUCUUUGCAACAUCUAAGCAAGGAGUGAAAAGCCUGGAGGCCAACAAUCUGCCCGGUGCAUCGCCCAGCAAAAGACCAAAGCACAAUCAUUCUACAGUCCAAACCGACAGCACCUCGGCGCCAAUGCAAACCCUACGAGCCGAAGACAUGUUCAAAUUCCCCAGUCCUAAACCUCGACAAGCCGCUGAAGUCGUAGAUCUCACUACUGAAUCUCCUAAAAGCAGUCCAGUCAGGAACAAAUUCAAUGGCAUCCGCCCCCCGAGAAUCGGCCCACACACAAGCCCUAACAAACUUCAAGUGAGGAACAUGAAACCUGCUCUAAAAGCAGACCCGGAUGAGUACUACAACACCGUCUGGAAGCGAUUGGAAGCUUCCUUGUUAGCAAUCUUUGCGGAUGAGAAGCUGCCAUACUCGAACGAGGAGCUUUACAGAGGGGUGGAGAUUGUGUGCCGGCAGGGGAAAGCCGCGGGUUUGUAUGAAAAGCUGAAGAACACGUGCAAUUGGAACAUGCUACACAACGUUACCGAGCCCUUGACUCGGAUUUCGGGCAAUGAUAACGCGGUGGUCGUUUUGCAGUCCGUGGUACGAGCGUGGUCAAGAUGGAACAAGCAGCUGGAGACUCUUCGCUCCAUCUUCUAUUACCUCGAUCGAUCAUACCUUCUUCACUCGGCUUCGUUACCAUCGAUAGAAGAAAUGGGGGUCACCGAAUUCCGUACGAACAUAUUUAUGCCUCAGCAGCUCAAGUCAAAGAUACUACAGGGGGCUUGUGAUCUGGUCAGUGCUGAUAGGAGUGGAGAUGAAUCAGCGCGCAACGACAGCCUUUACCGUGAUGCGAUCAAGAUGUUCCACUCACUGGCAGUAUACACGAAGUUCUUCGAGCCAAGGUUGAUGUCCGAAUCAGAGCAGUACUAUGUGUCAUGGGCUGAAAGGACUAUCUCUGAAACCGAUCUAGCUGGCUAUGUCGAGAGCUGCGUCAAGCUCAUUGACGAGGAAAUCCGCCGUUGCGAUAUGUUUGGUCUAGAUCAGACGACUAAUAAAUCGUUAGAGCAAUACCUUGAAGACAUAUUGGUGGAUCAAAGACAGACACGCCUCCUAGUGGUCGACGACGUUGGUGAUCUUCUUGGAAAAGACAGACCGGAUACCAUGUCACAGCUCUAUUCACUACUGCAGCGUAGACGCCUUGGCGGAAAGCUUCGCCCUGCCUUCGAAGCCUUCAUUGUCAAGCAAGGCUCCGAGGUUGUCUUUGAUGAAGAGCGAGAGCAGGAGAUGGUCGUGAGGCUAUUAGAUUUCAAAAAGAAGCUUGACCUGAUAUUGGAACAAUCCUUCCAACGGCACGAAGGACUGAGCCAUAGUCUACGUGAGGCUUUCGAGACCUUUAUCAACAAGAGCAAGAGAAGUAACAUGACUUGGGGCACCGACAAUCCCAAGCCUGGAGAAAUGAUCGCGAAAUACGUUGAUAUGGUUCUCAAAGGUGGAACCAGGGCCAUUCGUACUUCUGGCGUUGGCACAGAAGACGCUCCAAAAGCGCCUGAUAACGAAGAUCAAGAGGGCGAAAGCGAGGAUGAGGAUGUGGAGAUCAGUAAACAGCUAGACCAAGUCCUAGAUCUGUUCCGCUUUGUGCAUGGUAAAGCUGUAUUUGAAGCUUUCUACAAACGAGAUCUUGCUCGCCGGCUGCUGUUGGGGCGAAGUGCGAGUUCCGAUGCAGAGAAAAGCAUGCUUACUCGCUUGAAGUCGGAGUGCGGUGCUGGCUUCACACACAACCUGGAGCAAAUGUUCAAAGAUAUCGAAAUGGCGAGGGAAGAGAUCUCGUCUUACAAGUCUAUGCUUGAAGAGAGGCAGACUAGGACCACAUUUGAUCUGAGCGUUAACGUUCUUUCCUCGUCCGCUUGGCCGUCGUAUCCUGACGUUACUGUCAACGUGCCUGAAAAUGUCCUGAAAGCUACGAGAAGCUUCGAGCAGCAUUACAAAAUGAAACACUCCGGUCGAAAGUUGGAGUGGAAGCAUGCCCUCGCCCAUUGCCAGCUGAAGGCAGUAUUUCCGAAAGGCUCCAAAGAAAUUGUGGUUAGCUGCUUCCAGGCUGUGAUCCUGACCGCUUUCAACAAAAAUGACUCUGUGUCAUAUCCCGACUUAAAGGCCUUCUCUGGCCUUGAUGACACCGAACUCAAGCGGACGCUCCAGUCCCUUGCCUGCGCUAAGUACCGCGUCCUCACCAAAGAGCCACGAGGUAAAGACGUCAAUGACACCGACACCUUCGCAGUAAAUCUCAACUUCACGCACCCAAGGUAUCGCAUCAAGAUCAACCAAAUCCAAGCCAAAGAGACCAAACAAGAGAAUCAACAGACGCAUGAGCGUGUCGCUGCAGAUCGUAAUUACGAGACGCAAGCGGCUAUUGUCAGAAUCAUGAAGAGCAGGAAGAGCAUCACACAUGCGGAAUUGGUGAGUGAGGUUAUCUCAGCAACGAAGACCAGGGGCGUGUUGGAUCCGGCGGAUAUCAAGAAGAAUAUUGAGAAAUUGAUCGACAAGGAUUAUAUGGAGAGGGACGAGGAGGGGCGUAACGUCUACAACUACGUUGCAUAG